GUUCCCACAUAGUAUGAGAUGUGUGUCGGUCUUAUACUGGAAACUCUUCCAAUUGAAACAGACUUCGGCCGCUAACAUACAAAAGGUUUGUUUGAAUUAUGUACGUAUGUACCUCCAGACACUGUGGUUUGUUUUUGGUUGCUUAACAUAAAGGGUUUUGUUUUGUAUAUCAAUUACCUGCCAGAAUGCCCUAAUAGCAUACCAAAAAACAAUCACCUGAACUUAUAAUUAUUGCAACCUUAUCAGGGGCGGCGGAUUCAGAAAAUUGGAAUGGAGGUUCAGGGGUGGCAAAUUGCGAAAUUACAUGCACAAGGAGGGGUGAGACGCACAAUGAUUACAUAUACCCUCAUCUGCCGCAUCACACACAAACACGAGGUCACUAAUGGCGACCGGGGGGGGAGCUUGAACCCACGAUGCUAGUAUAGGCAGAGUGCUCUACCCACUGAGGUCUACCGGGGAAACUCAGCAGGCAAAGUACCAUCUUUCAGGACGAUAGAUCACUAAAUACGGUGUACACUAUAGUUGUUAUGAAAACCAUUGUGUGUCCACUACGUAACUCAAACAAACUAUACCGAUACAAAGCCGUUCUUAUGCAUGUGGAAGUAUAUACAUACAGUGCAUGUGGAAACGGUUGUGUCUAUUUGUCAGUAUCAUGCGUGCACACACAUGCACAAUAAAGUGGUUUGUUGGUGAGCACUUGAGCACCUGUUCUGGCCCUACUCCAACACACUAACGAUUUCUGAGAACUACUUCCUUCACUUACCACACAUUUUUCGUUUUUCAAACACCACCAUUCACACACACGCACGCACACACGCAUGCACAAUUUAUACCGCCUUAUCGCUACUUCAAGCUGUGUACAGUAAUGGCCAUCCUCUUGUGCAUCCCGUCGUGCAAUUAUUAAUCCCGUUAGCUGCAUACUUUACAGUGCUCCGCUGGUAACUAUGAUUACGUAACGUGACGUAAUCAGUAAGAUAUGCAUCCUUUUAUGUGCCAUUACCAAUUCAUUCUGCAUUCCUAAUGGAUAGUUAGUGUCGUUAGUGAUAUCCACACAAUGUGUAGUUUGUAGCUUACUUCAAAGCCAUAUUAUUAUUAUAAAAGCAUACUGUGUCCCUGCAUGUGCUGCGGUAUACUGUAUAUACCUUUAUACCAACGGAAGGGAGAGAGGGAGAGGAAAGAAGUGCAAAAUGAUUGAUAUGAAAGGCCCACUUGUGCUGCAAUUUAUGUGUGUGUUUCUUCUCGUUUCCGUAGGAUCUUCAAGAUUUUUUCAUCCCUACUAAGAGCACCCAAAAGUCUCCUUACCCCGGCAGUCUCUCACCAAUUCCGUCUCCGGCAAGCGUAGGCAGCACGACCAGCACGGAAGUGGGGUGGGCGGAGCCUCCUCACUGAGCUCCACCCAAGACCCCUCCCCCUCGUCCCACGUGACAGUCUCGAAACAGGUGUUCAAUAAGGCGGCGGAACACCUCACAAUCACGGGAUACCUUCACCAGAGCCUGGAGCUGUGGCAGCAGAGUAACCUACUGGUGGAGCAGUACAGAGGUGUGCCACGCCCUCCACAUUAA